CUUUUUGGCACCAGGGACUGGUGUCAUGGAAGGCAAUUCUUCCAUGGACGGGUGGGGUUGGGGAUGGUGUUGGGAUGAUGCAAGUGCAUUACGUCCAGCUCACCUCCUGCUGGGCAGCCUGGUUCCUAACGGGCCCAGACCGGCACUGGUCCGUGGUCUGGAGUUGAGGACCUCUGCUGUGCAACUUUCAUUUUUGUAACCCUUUUGUCUUAAUGAUUGUGAAAAUUAAUAAAGGAAACUUCCACAGCAGCUGAAGUUGGGAAGGCCUGUGGAAGGAGCCGUCAUGCUCCACGACUCCUCUCCUAUUACCGGCAGACAUCAGUCACACACCCUGACGGGAAGAGACAUCCCUUUAACUUCCAGACAGGAAGUGCAGCCACUUUACUACUCCGGGAGGGGAAAGGAGUAGAGACUUCGCUCUUGCCCAGCACCAAGCCCAACCAGUGGAAACACUGCAGCCCAGCCAAUGAGAAGGUGUGCUCACCCGAACUCUCCCUUUCUCCCAAUGAACUUUCGGUUUUUUCUUGCUGAUGACUUCCUCGUCCCACCCUCCUUUCUGUAAAAGCCUUCCAUCUUUUUUUCUUCUAAAUUUAUUUUUCAGUUGUGAUUGAUAUGCAAUAUUAUGUUAGUUUCAGGUGUACAGCAGUGAUUAGAAUUUGUAAAGCUUACGAAGUGAUCGCCCCGGUGCUCCACGGGAAGAUGUUCGACAUCAGGAUUAUGACUGCCGCUGGUGUUGCCUUAUUGGUCGCCAUAUUUGUGCUGAUGUCCUGUGUCACCAGUCUUCUAUGCAAACUGAUCGACAUAUUGAAAGCUCCAAAGCUACCUGUUUGUUUUGCCUUCAAAACUAAUCCCUUCAUGGUCACCCGGGACAAGAUCACGGCAGCCUCCUCCGUAACGGGUGGGUCCUACCGCAACGCCCAGUGCUGUGACGAAUGUAACUUGCCUGCUGACUUUGAGGCCCUGCCCCCGUGCUUCUGUGACGCCAACGAGGGUCUCUGACUUGGUGCGCACGCAUAUCCAAAGAGCGAUUAUUUCCUCCCUCAUAGAC